AAUUCGGCGUUUCCUUCUGUCCCGAGAUGAUAGUGCUCUGACAUUUCCAUCGCAGUCACUUUUUAAGUUUAAACCCCAUGCCUAGUACUCUUCCACUACUCCACUGCUAGUUUUUUAAACCCAACGGUCGGCUUCUCUCUCUUCUCAGCAAACAGAGCAUUCUCUCUGGGGAAGAAGAAGAAAGGAAACAAUGGCUAUAUCCCGGUUUACUUCUUCUAAACCAAGCCCCGUUCAACCUUCCUCCACGAUUAAAGUGAACAAGAAAUGGGAAGCCAAGAAAAAGCUGGCCCGACAAAGGCUUGCGGAUCUUGAAACUACUACCAGAAAGGUGAUUCCAGAUAAACCAAAGAAGUCAACAAGUGAAUCAAAGGGAGCUCUGAUCAGUCAUGAUUGCCUCCAAACCAAAUCUUCGGCUAUGGAUCGAGCUCUAGAGGUUCAAGCAAAACUAGCGCCCGAAUUCCCAAGCUUUGUGAAGCUUAUGCUCCCAUCGCACGUUACUGGGGGAUUUUGGCUGAGUUUUCCUAAAUGGUUCUCCGCUUCGCAUUUGCCAAAAAAUGAUGACAUUGUCACUUUGCUUGGUGAAAGCGAUAAAGAGUACGCGACAAAGUAUCUCAUAGACAAGAACGGGCUAAGCGGUGGAUGGAGAGGGUUCUCCAUUGCGCAUAGAUUGCUAGAGGGGGAUGUUUUAGUUUUCCAACUCAUUCAACCUUGCAAAUUCAAGGUAUACAUCGUAAGAGCAAAUGGUUUCAGUGAAGUAGAUGGUGCCGUUGGCCUUUUAACUUUGGACUCCUGUGUAAAACCAAUGGACAUUGAAACAGGUAUUGAAAUCUAUGAAAAGGACGUGGUUGUCUUGGAUCCACUUUCGCGAGACAUUCAUCAAUGUGAUGCUCAGGAGAAUAAACUGCUGACUUUAAGCACUGAAAUUGAGAAUCUAGCAGAACAAUCUGGAAAUGACAGUGAAGAUUUUGGCUCUGAGCUGUUGGAAGGAAUCAGAUUUUCUGAGGCUUCGGUUGAUUUCAAAGACAUAAAGAGCAUUGAGAAUUUCACUAUUCUCGUGGAUGGUUUAGUUAUAGACUCAGAAAUACCCCCACAUCUUCGGAUCAAGUACUACGAGCUUUGUUGCAGUCAAAAUGCUUUCCUUCAUGAUCAUCUUCUCGAGGGGCUAAACUUUAAACUAGUUUCUGGGAUCAUAUCUGAAACUGUUAACAUUGCGGAUGCCAUUAGGGCUUCUAAGCUGACUACAUCUCGCAAUAAUUUGACCAUAUGGGAAAAUACUCUGAAAGCCUUUGAGAAGUUGGGAAUGAAUGUUGGAUUCUUACUUGCUCGCCUAGACCGGCUUUUGAGCCUUGUGGUUGACUCGGAAAAGGUUUUGGAGUUGAAAAGAGUUGAAAGAGUUCGAGCGGAAGAGGAGAAGAAGACUCUUGAGGUGAAGCUCUUGGAUGUGAAAAAGGUGAUGAAAAUCCUAGAUGAGGAGAUUGAGGGGCUGAAGGGAAACAACAAUACACUGGAAUCUAUGUUCCAGAAGGAAGCUAAGGCUCCAUGGUGAAAGGCCUUUCACAGUUCGUGACAUGACUUAUUUCACAGUUCGUGACAUGACUUAUUUUACUAACACAGAAACCUGUCACGAAAUGGGAUAGAUAAGAUUUUCUGGUUCCUACCAAUCAGAUCUUGUGAAAUUUUAUUUAUCCAUUCACUUGUCGGUCGGUUCUAAGAACGAUUUUUGUGUUGGUGGAAUUACUCAUUGUGACAGUGAUGCAACUUUUUGUAGAGUUACACUGAGUCAUCAACCAUUUUGUACACAAUCAAGAGAAAACAACUUGUAACUUGAUGCCAUUUUUCUGCUCUUGGUUUUUGUACCAUAGCUUUUGGAGAUAUUGAAAGGAAGA